AUGGCUUUCUAUCGACGUUCCGAUCGUGUGGUGGCGAAUAAGUCAGGGAACGAAUCACAUGUCUUCGAAAAGCAUGCCAACGUGAACGGUUCCAGGCAGUCUGUCAUGCUCUUACGUCUUGAACGAAAGCAAGCUGUAACCGCACUUAACCUUCCCCCUCCAGGAUCGCAUUUCGAGUUUGUUAUCGAGGUACGGAAAGAUGGAACACCAUACCCCAAUGCAUGGACACAGCUUCCGAAGAUCGGCCGGUUCCAGAACUGGGAUCAAGAAAACUCGUUUGCGAUUCGCAUUGAGUGGGAACACCCAGCUGCAAAAUGACAAUUCAUGUAUCUUCAGUCCCACCGACUCUUCAAGCAGAUGGAUCCUC